ACACACAGUUCUCAAAAAGGAGCAGUAGGAUGGAGUACCGUUUGCCGCGCCUGUACCAAUUUUUAUAUGUGCACUUAUAGACGUAUUUUGUUCAAACCUAACGAAUUUAAAUACACUUCCGGUUGUGUGUUUGUGGGAAUUUCGGAUCUGGGAGCACGGAAUACACUCCGUGAGACCGGCGGAAUCCAUAGCAGUAAUACUUGGAAAGCGGACCUCUUCCUGCCAGAGGCACCAUAAACACCACACUGACAGAAAGAGAGGGAGAGUGUGUUUGAGAGACAGUCAGUGCCUGUGUGUGUGUGAAAAAGAGGGAGGGAUGUAUGGCACAGUCAUACUCUCUUCUUUUCUUUUCUCCCUCCAUGCAAGUUGCACUCCACAGUUCCACGGUCAUCAUGGGAGGAGAGUAUGUGUUGGGAAAGCCGACAGAGUAGUGUCCAGAACGGAAUCCUUCCUCCAGCCUAUACACAAACCGUACCUCACCAUGUGUCUAAACCAACGCAUCUGUAGCACAUACAAGACAGCGUAUAAAGUCUCCUACAGACAGGUGAGCCGGACAGAGCUGAGCCCUCACGUGUACUCAGAAUGCUGUCCAGGAUGGCGACGUGUUCACUCAGUCAGCUGUAAUCACGCGUUGUGUGUGCAGGCAUGUCUUAAUGGUGGAUCCUGCACAAGGCCAAAUCACUGUGCCUGUGCCUUUGGCUGGACGGGACGCUACUGCCAGAUAGACGUGGAUGAGUGCAAGGGAGCACAUGGUUGCAGUCAUCAUUGCAUUAACUCUGCAGGAAGUUAUCAUUGUGUGUGCGCUGAUGGAUUCCGUCUGGCUGAAGACAGACGAUCUUGCGUAAGCCUUUGUGCUCUUCCUCUUCAUCCAACAGCAGCCGGCCAUCCCGAAGCAGACAGUCAUCUAUCUACACAUAACAGUAGAGGUGGAGAUGUGGGACUGGUGGCAAAUGUUACAGAAGAGGUCCAGAUCCUCAGGAAUAGAGUACAGCUGCUGGAACAGAAACUGGAGAUGGUUCUCGCACCGUUCUCCACUUUCUUUUUGUCAGAGGAGGACAUGGCCAACAGAAAUGGCUUCCUGUUAGACAGGACUGAUUUCCUGUCAGACCAGACUAACUUCCUGUCACACUCGCUGCGGCAGCUGGACAGAAUAGACUCUCUCAGCGAACAGGUCAGCUUCCUGGAGGAACGCCUUGGAUCAUGCUCUUGCCAAGAAAACUAGAUGAUCAACAAAAACAAGGUACACCUGCAAAAUGCAACCGGAACACAGCCUGCCUUCAACUUCAGGAGAAAGAACAGCCCUGGAAUCUGCACUACAGUCGUCACUUUACGACUUCGUCAUGUUUAAACAGACCAUCAUCAAACCGGUAGACACUAUACGGUCAAUAGUACGUGGACACCUGACCAUCACACCCGAGCAUGUGAGCGAGGCAAGCAGAAUCUCAAGCCAGGCUAACGAAUAUAACUGAGUGAUAAAUCUGUGAUCUUACUUGCAGCCAGCGCAGUUGUCAGAAGAACUGAGAAUCCAGCAGUGUGGUGAUAUAAAGUAUGCACGCGGUCUCUCAUGGCUAAACAGCUUUUACAACAGCCCUAUCAGUACCUCUGUGAGACAGAUAAUUCCUGCAAAGACAAAAAUACUCAUGAUUCAACACGUGCGCGUUUCUAUGGGCGACAAAUUUUCUGCAAUUUUUGACAUUUUUAUACUCGACGUUCUCUUAUUUGUCCGUGUGACCAUACAGCUGUAUUCUGUGGAAUGAAUUUCUAUUCCCAGUUUUCUAUUGCUUAGAUUAGAAGGAUGAAGUGCUUCGUGUAGAUCAGUGUUGGCAGCAUCAAUAACGGCAUGCUUAUUCAUUUAUCACUGUAAUUCCUUAUCAGCUUUUAUCCCGCAGCCAUUCGUAAUAAAGCCCGUUGCGGUGUGGAUUAUUUCUACGUAAUGAUAUUUUACCACUGUUCAGACAUAAAAGCACAAAUUCAGCGCAAUGCAAUGAAAUGCAAAAAAAAAAAAAAAGUUUCCCAUUUGGAAAAAAACAAGGAUUAGAUUUGUUUUAAUCGAAGGUAUUUUACACAGAUCCACUGGACCUUUGUGUAUAAUUUUAACGUAAUAUCAGAUUCUACAGUGGGCUUUCACACUGAACAUUUUGUCUAUUUGUUACACAUAUUCAUCAAAACAGACCCGACCGGAUCAUAUACACAAAGUAAAGAUGUUGCACAGACUUGUUUGCUUUAACGCAAUAAACAGCAUUUAUAACGAUCACCAGUUUUUAACCAGUAUUAGUUAACCAGUUCUCUUAAUAAAGGGCUCAGCGAGUGUAUGUGGUCACCUGACAUUACACCCAUAUCACUGUUUGAUGUUGAACAUCCCAUUAAUGAGUUGGACCCCCCCCCCUUCCUUCCCCCUCCUCCUCCCCCAAUGCUGUUAUAGUAACGUCCUCUCUUCUGGGAAAGCAUUCCACUACAUUUUGGAGCGUGGGUGUGGGGAUUUAUCCAUUCUGCCACAAGAGCAUUAGUGAGGUCAGGCACUGAUGUGGGGUAAGGAGACCUGGUCUGCAAUUUGCAUUCCAAUUCGUUCCAAUGGAGUUAAGGUGAGAGAUACGUGUAGGCCACUCGAAACGUGGCAAACCAUGUCUUUAUGGAGCUGGCUUUGUGCGUCGGAGUACUGUCAUACUGGAACAUCUUUGGGCCCCUUAGUUCCAGUGAAGGGAAACUGUAAAGCUACAGCAUACAAAGACAUUCUACACAACUGUGUGAGGAAGGCCCACAUAUGGCUGUAAGGGUCAUGUGUCCAAAUACUUUUGGCCAUAUAACGCCUGUUAAAAGUAUUUGAGAUCAAUUGAUUCCUGCUUUUUUUAGUUCCAGUAGCAAAUGAGAUUUGUGGAUCACAGCUGCACUGGCAGAGGAUCUAGGAAAGAACAAAAAAACCCUGAACAACUGCUUGGCGUUCCAAAUGAAAUAAAUAUUUAUUUCAACCCAAAUGAAAUGGAAAAACAGGUAUGGAAAUGCCUAGUUUCAACAACAACAAUAAGCACAGUUAAAAUGUCAAGCAAAUAUUUCAACAAGAAGAGAUAAACAAGGAACGACUUCAAAUCUUUUUUUUCCUGUGGUUUUCAGAAUGUUGACCGUACAGCUACGUUUCCCAAAAAUGCUUCCAAAAAUAAAACUUACACCUUUUUUAAAAUCAUAUCAUGUCCCCAGUCCAAACCGAAUAAGUCAAUUUAGUAAGGUACGCUUUAAAUUUGGUUAUUCAUGACUCGCAUUCUCACACGAGAUGAACUAGACCAGUAUUCGACCUUCAAGACUCUCAUCCGCCACUGAUCACGAAUCGACUCACAGUGCUGUGACUGCUAGCUGAGAAACCUCACACACACGCCAGAGAUACAGUUUAGAGCGUUUGUUUUGGUACCAGUAUGACAAACGGCAUUUUUUAAAAUUACAAUUCUGAAUAAACAAUUAGUAACUAAAAGGUUAUUU